CUUGAUAUUUUUUUGGUGUCAACUUUAUUUUGUGUGGUUGGAGUGGGAGGAGAGGAAAGGAUGACUCAGCACUUUCAUCAAUAACUUUAAUCAGACAGCAGUGAGGAUUCAGCAGCCUCUCAUUUGCCUUGCUCCCUGAUUAUGAAUACUCUACCUGAUGUUGAACUCUGUUUCCCACAACUACCUAACACUUCCUGCAGGAAGCCACUGCAGCAACAUGCUGAGAACAUGUUUAUCAAUUUGCUGCUGUCCUGCAUAUCUUUGUUCACUGUAGCUCUCAACCUGCUGGUUAUCAUCUCGAUCUCCCACUUCAGGCAGCUCCACACCCCCACCAACCUCUUUCUUCUGUCUCUGGCUGUCUCAGACUUCUUGGUUGGACUCCUGCUGAUGCCAAUUCGAAUCAUUUUGAUGGGAGGCUGUUGGGUUCUGGGUAGUUUUAUGUGUGGAGUGUUUCACUUAUUUUCUUAUACUCUCACCUCUGCCUCAGUAGGAAACAUGGUGCUCAUAUCAGCUGACCGAUAUGUGGCUAUUUGUGACCCUCUGCAUUAUCAAACUAAAGUCACUAAUAUGAGAGUACAAAUCUGUGUGUGUGUGUCAUGGAUUUGCUCUGUGUGUUAUAAUGGAAUGAUACUAAAAGAUUUUCUUAAACAUCCAGAUAGAUAUAACUCCUGUGUUGGGGAGUGUGUUCUUGUAACUGAGUUUUUAACAGGAGUUUUUGAUGUCAUGAUAACCUUUAUUGGCCCCAUCACAGUCAUCAUAGUUCUGUACAUGAGAGUAUUUGUGGUAGCGGUGUCUCAGGCUCGAGCCAUGAGGUCUCAUAUUGCAUCUGUCACUCUGAGGGGUUCAGUUCCUGUAACUGCUAAGAAGUCAGAGAGAAAAGCAGCUACAGCUCUCGGUGUUGUUGUGCUGGUGUUUCUAAUAUGUUACUGUCCUUAUUUUUAUCCCUCCCUUGCAGGCCAUGAUUUGUUUUCUACGGAGACAUUUUCAGUCUUUGCAAGCUGGUUGCUUUAUUCCAACUCUUGUUUGAAUCCAAUAAUUUAUGUUCUAUUCUACCCAUGGUUUAGACGAGCUGUUAAACUGAUUUUUACCCAUUUGAUCCUGCAUUCUGAAUCAUUACCAAGAACUGGGGCAGAGCUUUGUUUUGGAUUUGGAAGCCAGACAGAUGGUGUUUUUGUGUCUGCAAAUGAAAGGUCUUCUCCCAGUUGGACAUGCCUAGAAAACCUCUACAAUAAGUUUCCUCAGGCAGAGAGCUGCCUCAAGUCUUCUGUUAAAAUCAUUGAUAAUGGCAUCACAAGGGGCAGAGACGUUACUUGGAGGGAUCUUGUUAAAAGCUUCAAGAAAGCCAGCAGCCACUUCAGGGUUUAG